GUGUUUCCGCAUCUCUUCCCAUUCAACAAUUCACCAUCCAAAUGCUAUAUCUUUAUUUUUGAUCUGGUAACACUGAAUUGCAUCUGACGUCCCGAGUAAUAAUACCCAGCCGUUUAUAAGUGUAAUUUUAGGUUAAAGAGUUGUCUGAAUGACUUGAGCAGUUUUGAGCGGAUUGUACUUUGCCAGUUAAUUUAGGAGUACUGAAUUUGUUUUGUAGUUUUGUGUUGAUAUACUUUGUUGUUGUUUUCUUGCAGUCUUAUAUUUAAGUCAUGCUUGUAGCUUUGUUGGUAUUUUGCUCAUUAUUCACAAACUGUUAUUCUUUGGGGCAAGCCAAGACAAUACCCUUGCCCGCUGCCUCAUGCUCUCGUGCGCCUCUGGUGGAGCCAAAAGAUAUUCUUUGUGACGUCAAUAGCACGUCAUUGGUUCGCUGUUGGGGUGAUCGGGCAAGUUUCAACGCAUCCAAAGAUGAAUGGUCAACUGUGUGUGUAUUCCGCACCCCGCCCGCUGUUAGCGAUAUAUCAAAGUAUCAAUGCUUGGUCAAGAACGACCUUGGUCCAGUAAAAUGCAAAGCAAAGAACGGAUCGACAUUCCUGGCGUCUUGUCUCUUCACCGUAUUCAAAUGCAAGCAUAACUGCAUCGGAAAGGUUUUAUCUUUGUAUGACGAAGGUGGCCACUGUGGUGCAACCGACCGGUGGUGUCCUGAAGAUAACCUUUACUCUUUCACUGCUCCCCUGGCCUCUCCAGGAACCAAACAUAUAUUCUCAGACCUACAACAGCUACAUUUAACGCCGCCUUCCUACUGCAUACCAUGGCCUACAUGGAAGAUAGCAACAGUAGCAGUAAGUGUGUAGUAACACUUAUCUUCAUUAUCUGGAGUUGUAUGAGAUUGCAACGAAUCCGUAAAUAUGAUAAGAAAGCGUUGGCGGAAGGACCGCACACCAAAGACUUGGUGAAUAGAUACUUGUGUGUUUGUUACGAGUUAUUCUUCUUACUACCCGUUCGACUUAACAGGAAAACUUGCUUAAAACACUUCCAACCAAGAAGCAUUACCAAACCAAAGAUCCCCCCGAGACGUAUACUUCAAUCGUGAUAAAACAUGACAUCACGAAAACAAAUAGCGACGUCACGACUCAUGACGUCAGCAGUCUAUGUGUGAAAUCUAAUGACGUUACAUCUCCGGAUGAUGACGCAUGUUUUGAUGACGCCAUCAAUCCUCACGGGACUCCAAGUCGUCAAAAUUCUGGUUCAAGCGACGAAAUAACUUCGUCGUCACCGCCGACGUCAUUGUUACGUCACAGUCACGUCGUGGUUUGCGAGAAUUCGUAUGUCAAUCGGCGUUCAAUAAGUAACCUUCAAGAUUCAAGCCCAUGCCGCGACGCUAAGAACAGUCAUUUAAAACUUGAUCAAGACGACAGCCGCCAUUUUGUUAUUGGUGACGUAGCAUCGAAACCAACAUUACCGAAAGGAACAUUGCUCAAUGUUCAUGAUAGUCUUGUGGUGGCGUGAAUUUCUAUAUGUGGGACGUUAGCGGUUUCAACUUUUAAAACAGAAUGACAUCAUAUGUGUUAUAUUUUUCUUGUGUUAACAAACAAGCAGAAUUCAAAACGGCGUGGCGCCUAUGUGUGACUAUCAUACUAAAACGGUAACAAGACACCGAAAGUUUGGCUUUAGGUUGUCACAUUUAUUUUUUUCAGUGACGAUGACAUUUUUUUAUUGCGACUCCAUCAGUAAAGCAUCAAGCGUUCAAACAAUAAAUCUUUUAUAUAUUUUACCUUUCUGUGUCAAAGAUAAUUAAACGGAUCUCAUCGUGUUAAAAGUUAGUGUUAUAAACGUUAAGAAAGCACACACACAUGUACCAGCACGCUCAAAUCAAUCCCUGACCCGUUGAAUGAGUAAUUGGCUUCAUUUUUCAUUAUCUAUUUCAUAUACCUUCGCGUUUCUUUAAAAAGGUCGCCGCGUUAUUUUGGGUUUAAAACUUGAUUCCUUAAGAAUUGGGACGGAAUUAAUUUGCUUGGCUCUUGCCACAGUCUUAUCACGCUUGUCUAUCCGGUGCUUUAAUUCACUAUAAAUAGUUCGCGCGUGCCGAGCUCGCUUUACAUUCCGUUGAAUUGUUCGCCAACAGAAGAUAAUACGUCAGCAUUACUAGCUUAAAACAGCUAAAAUCGUGACUAUAAUCUGCUAGAAACUGUAUGUCAUAUUCGUCACGUAUUUGUAUGAACACAUUGGUUAAAACUUAAGGCGGUUUCACCAUAGUAUAAUAUGGUUUUACUUAAGUUGUUUACCGCUAUAGUGUAUCAGAUUUGGAUGCAAAUGAGUAUAUGCUCCUUGGUGUAUUUACGAGCCUAUAUUCCCUGGCUUAGCCUACGGUUGUAUGUUGCCGGAGAUUUAGUAUUCAAAGUAUACGAGGCCUGGGUAGCUAGGAGCUAGAAGUUAACUAAGUAUAGGAGCCACGAUCUGUCGGAUUUCUUAGUCAGAUAAUUGAGGCUGGAUUCGUGAAAGGACGGUUUCAGAUUUUCACUGCAAGGCGUUUGUAAGGUUAAGUCUUACGCGAGGUAUACGGAUUCGUAUAACUUUUCCUAUGACUGCUUACUUAGGUAGUAGAUACGUUAGAACGAUGCAAAUAAAGGUGAUAUUUCUUUGGCUAUUCUUGAGUAAAGUUGCCCACGGAGUUACUUAUCACCGAUGUAGUGACGAUCAAGAAACAUGCACAGAUUGUGUGUUUAAUAACUCGACCGAACUCGAAAACAUCACUGGAUCUGACAUGUUAUCGAAAGUUAAAAUAAACGGUUUAAAAUGGACGGCGAAUACAAAUAAUAUGGAAUACACAUGGACUUUCAAUGGUGAUGUCAACAUAAAUAUUUCAAUUUCAAUAUACCAGAUCACGGACGAAAAUAACAGAGCUUUCCCCUUGCAUGGUUGCUGCAAUGUCCCGAUAUAUGAACAACAUUGUCGAGUAAACGAGAUACGACAUGGUAUUGUGUAUGGUGUCAAUUACAAUGGUGAACGGGGUAUCGACGUUAGAAGGAUUAAACUUACUGUUAAACCUGGUAAAAACAUAACCGAACAAAAUGGACGCUACUUACAUGUUUGUCCACCUCUUGUACACAACAUACAUAACUUGCCUCAGCGAGUCUGUCCAUGCGUUACCUUUGAUACCAAGACAGGCUCCUUAUUACCGAUCCAUCAAAACAACAAUACGUUGUUGAAUAUACGUGCUAAUGGUGGAAGAAUAAACAAUACAGAUGGUUCUUGUAUGUUUUCUAUAGGCAAAGAUUACGUCCACCAACAUGGUAAACCAAUUGGGAAAAGUGACCAUGAUGAAAGUCGUUCAGUCACAUUACCUGGUUAUUAUUGGCUGAAUAAGCAGUUAUUUGACGCUCAAAACCAACCAGUAAACUGCACGGAAAAUAAUAGUAACUUCGAUUAUACUUGCAUAGCUGUAUACAAAGGCAAUCAAUCUGCUAAUGUGGCUUGCGUUCCUAAUUUUGCUUGUCUCAUCCAAAUGGAGAUGGUUACCAUUACUGUUAAAGGCCAAGUUUUCCAUGAAGGCGGCGACCCCGCUUUAAAACGGAUUGGUAUUUCCAUCACAAUGGGGCUUGCCUCUUGUGUUUUAUUCAUAUUGAUGAUGUAUACUGCUUACCACUAUCGACACAAAGUAAAAAAGUUUUUUAAACCCGAUGUAAUCGUACCUCUCAGUCUGACCACUAUCCUUGGUUCACCUUGCAACGAAGACCAAACAUGUCAAAUCCAAGAUUGUGAAAUUGUAGACCUAUUUAUACCAGGGGAAACUCAUGGUUUAAACUACGUUGCCCCUGCCAAACCUGAUGUUAGAAAUAAGACAAGUUUACGUGCUUCUGGUAUAGUUGCACAUGAUACACACUUAGUAGCAAACGAUUUCACUAUAGACGGUUAUAAAUCCAAACACGGUUUGUUUUUUGGAAACUUUGACAAUUGCAACCGAUCCAAUGAGGAAUUGUCUUCUUGUAGUUCGUUAACUAAUUGCUCAAAAGACUCGGGAGUGGAGUCCGAGCUUCAAACUAACACCCUGCCGAGCGACGACUGCUCAGUUCCGGCGGAAGCUUCCGUUAAUGACCCGAUGUCGAUUGCUUCCCCGGACAGCGGGUUUACCGCAAUUCCAGGAGUGCGAGACUCGUUUCAAUUUAAUAAAGAACAAUUUCAAUGUUCUACAACGGAUAUCACAGUUUCGGAAAUCAUUAAAAACUUCCGACUUUGCACUUCAAUGCGAGCAGAAGAAGGAGCAAUUUCAUGCAACCAUGAAAGAUUAGGAAACUGUUUAAUUCCUAGCCAUGAGGACACGGCAGUUCAUUCUUAUUUAAGCAAAGCUGCAUUCAAUCGCUGAUGUGCAUUCGAAUAAACCGCCGUGUAUUUGUCACUGUUUUUCUACCAGACUUAAUUACCGUUAAACGGUUUCCUAUUUCUUUCUUGUUCCUCUGUUUUUAAAUAAAGAAAUAGAAAAAGAAACGAGAGAUAUCUGUUCGCUAUCUCUAGUUGCUUCUCCUUUUCUUUUGCGGAACUACUGCUUUGUUACGCCUUAACGCGACCUUGUCUUCUUAAAUCAAACCGUCUUUAGCUAGCUAACUAAUGUAAUGCGACCUCGCCUUGAAAUCCGUAUAGUGUUCCAUGUACCAAUGCAAGACAGAACGGCUGUUAGCUCAAUCAAGCUGCCAGGCACUACACAAAGCGGCUUCUCCUUAUUUUUAAGACGCUAAUUUUUAAAUUAGCUCGUUUUGAGCAAAAUUUCAAACAGAGAUUUUUCCUUAUUUGGCCCACUGUUUGUAUAUACCACGAAACAGACAACAAUGCACCAGAUAUUUGCUAGUUCGGUGUUUAUUUUACAAUACGUUUUAUUUACUCACAUAAUUUAUAAACACGUCGUUAAACUUUGGUUCAACGGCCACUCACACAUUAUCAUCAUAAAGCGUGUUCCAACAACUCGUUUUGUUGUUGAUUCCCUUAUUUUUGUUAAAAUAAUUUGAUGUUCGCUAUCGUUUCCAAAAGAUAAAUAAAAAACGUGUUAUAACAAGUAACAACAUAAUUCUUUAACGCGGUAAACAUAUAAUAUGGUCAUAGUUUGCACAUUACCCAACACUUAGCAAACGAGAUCUAACGAUUAACGUAUAGUUAAACCCCCUUAUUUAAACAAACGUUCUUUUUCUGUUACUUCUGCAGUUUAUACCGGGCAUAAUGUAAAUAAUAUUUCAACGACUCAGCGGGUAUGGUUAAUCCCAAUGAAGUCUUGACCAAUGGCGGGCGAAACGGCGAAAAUACA